AUGUCAGCAACGAAACGCUCCUCCCCUCCCACAGAAGCAAUGGAAACCGAAUUAACGCCCACCCGAAAAAUUCUCGACGCCAAACUUCCCUCUAGAAAACGUACCGCUCUCGGCAAAACUUCUCCAAACACCACUCAACCAUCAACAAACCCACCCAAAUCCUCAUCUCCCGCAUCUUCUCAGGCCAACACAUCAUCCGAAGCCGAAGCUUCAUCAUCAGAACCUUCUUCUGAAGACGACUCCGAGGAUGAGAUCCCCAUGAUCCGUCCCCUAAAUGCUCGUCCCGUCAUGCGUGUAUCCACACUUAACGGAUUUGGCGCUUCAGAAGGCCUCAACAAUCUUCCUGAUUUUCUGAAACAGAUGAAAGAAGCGAAUGAAGAAUUGAUGAAGAAGAUUGAGAAAGGAGAAGAUAGGAAAUUGGAGGAUGUGAAGGAGGGAGAAAGUUAUGUGGAGAUGAACUUGGGACUGGGUGUUUUGGAAGAAACGAGGGAUGGGGAAAGGGGAAGCGAAAGUGAGAGUGAGAUCGAGAAGCAAGAUGCUGAUGGGGAAAGGAAGAUGGGGGAGGGAAAGAAGGCCGGAAUUGAGGAACUUUAA